AUGGCGGCCGACGGUGGCAGCUCUUCGCUGCUGCAGCUACCUUGCGUUUUCUCACCAAAAUCACGACAAUACCUAGCGCUGUGUGCCCAGGACGGCAGACUGCGUAUCUGGAACACAGAUAGUAAAACACUUCACCAAGAGUUCGUGCCUUCAGCCCAUUUGAGUGCAACUUGUGUCUGCAUAGCCUGGGGACCAUGCCGGACAGUCAAGGAGGGGCCUCAGAGGAAGAAGAGGAAAUCGGAGCCAGGUCAGGUGGAGGAGAAGGCAGACCUGUUGGCGAUGGGCACAGCAGCGGGCAGUGUGCUCAUCUACAGUACAGCAAAGGGAGCACUGCACUGUACCCUGGAUGGAGGCCAUAGCGGAGGAGUGAAUUGUGUCGAGUGGCACCCUGAAGACAGUUUAUUAUACAGCGGCUCAGAUGACACAAACAUCAUAGAGUGGGACCUGCAGACAGGCAAGGCGCGAAGUAAGUGGAAGGCGGACCGUGCAGCGGUGACCAGUCUGUGUGUGAGCCCCGAUGGCAAACUGCUGCUCUCAGCCGGUCAGAUCAUCAAGAUGUGGGACUUGGACACCAAGGAGGUUUACAGGAAGUUCACAGGCCACUCUACGGCUGUGACGACCCUUCGCUUUGCCACCACGCGACCUCCCGACAGCAACGGUCUCUAUUUCCUGUCUGGUGCUGCACACGAACGACUGCUCAGUGUUUGGCAAGUACGACAAGAUGGGAAGGACAAAAACUCAGUCGUGUCCUUCACACUGACGGACGAGCCACGACACAUCGACCUCGUCGCGUCCACCACCAAGGAAGAGGCGGUGAGGCUGGCAGUGGUGUGUAAGGACGGGCAGCUGCAUCUCUUUGAGCACUUUUUAAAUGGGCCCUGUAAGAAGCCGUUGUCCCCCUCAUCUACGGUGCAAAUGUCAGACACAAAGGACUCCCCGGUGCCGAUCCCACUGCUGGCCGCCGCCCUCGGAGCUGAUACGCAGACGGUGAUGAUGGCCUACGGCAACCACCUACAGCCUGUGAUGGAGAAAGUGGAGAUCAACACAGCAGAGCGACACGUCUGUUUAACCCGGGAUGUUCAGACCAGCUUGUCCCUCUCCAUGGAGACCACCGUUUCCAAGGUGAAAACCCCAAUUGUGAACGCCAAGAGCAGAGUGUUGGUCCCAGGGCUUCCUGGUCACCAAGCCCCCGUCAAGGGAACCCCACAGGGGUCAGAGAAGAGGAAAAAAGACACAGACACCAAAGAGAUGUCGAUAGCGGAGCGACUAGGUGAAAUCGAUCUGUCUACAGUCUCCGGCGGGAAGGGGACUCCUAAAGGGACGGCCUCUUUACAGACAGACAAUUUUGCAGUGCUGCUGGUGCAGGGCCUGGAGAGCAACGACGCCAACAUCCUAAAUAAAGUUUUUCAGACUCGUAAAGACAUGGUGAUAAAGAAAACGGUUGCUCGGUUACCCCUCCCUGCUGUUUUACCUUUGGUGGAAGAGAUCACAAAGAGGCUCCAAGGGCAUCCUUUCAUGGCGGUUUUAAUGGUACGGUGGCUCAAGGCCGUGCUCAUGCACCACACAUCAUACCUGGCAUCGCUGCCAGACCUGGUUUCCCAGCUGGGAGUGCUUUAUCACAUGAUUGAGAGCAGAGUGAAGAUGUUCCACAAGCUAACGAAGCUGCAUGGGAAACUCUAUCUCCUGAUGACACAGGUGGCGACAAGUGACAGCAGCAACACAGUUACAGAUGUUGACCACACAGCUAAGCUGGUGUAUGAAGAAGAAUCAUCUGACGAAGACGAGGCCUCUGGUGACGAAGGACUUCCCGAUGAUGAGGACUCUGAUAACUGGGAGGAGGAGGAGGAGGUGAUGGAAGAAGACAAGAAGGAACAAGCAGACGAGGAAGAGGACGAUCCAGACCGCAAAACAGAUUCCAAAGCGAACGGAGAGGAAGACAUGGAUCACGGAAACGAGAGCGAGGAGGAGUGAGAGAAAGGAACGAGGAGCAAAUGCCAAUCAUACAUAAAAAUGGACCUGAAAGAGUUAUAUAUACUUUCAUUUUAUUUUCAUGCUUAUGAUUUUAUUAUCAGAACAAAGUAUGGUUUUACAAAAUCAAGGGACACAUGGUGUUGAAAUGUGGGCAGCUUGGCCCUACCCCCCGCCCCCUCCCACCCCAACCCACAACACAGUUCAGCCACAAGGGUGGUGAUGUCACGCUCCCCGUUUUCUCCCCAUCUGAGGAACAGAUGCAGCAUUUCGGGGAGUAGGGCAAAAAAACAUUCUGCAAAAAAUCAAAUUGAAUGCAACUUCCCCCUUCUGUUGUCAGUUCAGUCGGCAUCCCAGCUCCACAACCUGACGAGUUUUGCUUUGAAAAUGACUGAAAAGAUAAUUCGGCGGUGUUCCAGUUUGCCUACACUGCAACGUGCAUUCCAAAUUUUUAUGUUAUUAUGUAAUAAUAUAGUAUUAUUAGAGUAUAUCGUAUGAGCAGCUUAACCAGUAGAUGAGACGGCACUCCUUCUGUUAAUUCUAAAGACAACUCUGCAGGCCAUCUGGAACACGCCUGGUUCAGCGGAGCUCACAGAUGCAACCACAGUGCAGGUGUGGAGUUUGGGACGCAGGGGCUCUUUUGUUGUACAGAAUACCGCUCGAUCCAGAGGUGGGCUCGCCACGCAACACAAUGCAUCAUGUCCCCAACACAAUGUAAAUCUGUAUGUACAGUGAAGUGUUUGUAUGAGCUCUUCCCUCUACAGCUACCCCCCCCAGAAAUGCUUGGGAUUAAAUGAACUCCUGUAAAGUCUCUUGCUGUUUUUUUUUUUUUUUUAUUAUUAUUAUUAUUGUUUCCGGAUUUGUUGCAGCCCUCUUUUGUUUUAACUGUCUUUCUUUUUUUGUGCGUUUAAUUUCUGGGCAUGCCCCGAUGUCCACUGCCUUGAACCCAUUAGUCACAGGGGCAACUGAGAAAAAGGAAAAUGUGAACUUUGCUCGAAUAGGUGAAUAAAUGGGUUUUCAAAAUGG